CAGAAGUAGGAAUCAAUACUCGCAAUACAGCAAACCUCGCCACACGAGAUCACAUCACAACAAAUCGCUCAAAAUGUUGCCGCUAUUACUGUUCCUAUUUGCUCUACCUGGUAUACGUUGCGAGCCGGAGACAGUGCGGGAUAACUUCGACUAUUUCAGUUACGGAAACAACGAAGAUAUAUUGAAAAAUCUCGAUCUACAUUUGCCUAAGGAUGAAGUAGUGCUACGGCCUCAAGAGGUGAAGGAUUGGCCGCAGCAAUCUUUGAACGUAGGACAGAUAACUGCGGUGUCUAUAAAUUCUUUGGGACAACCUGUCAUAUUCCACAGAGCCGAAAGAGUUUGGGAUGAGAACACGUUCAAUGAAUCCAACGUGUAUCAGAAUUUGGACAAGGGUCCAAUUAUCGAAGACACGAUCUUGGUCCUCGAUCCACAUACAGGCUCUGUGCUACACAGUUGGGGGGCCUAUGCCUUCUACAUGCCCCAUGGACUGACGGUCGACCACCAUGAUAACGUGUGGGUCACUGAUGUCGCUAAGCACCAGGUGUUCAAGUAUUCCCCUACGAACCAUAAGUACCCCGUGCUGACGAUCGGGGAAGCCUUCACGGCGGGUUACCCGUACAGACGUCGCGUGUUACUAUGCAUGCCGACUUCAGUCGCCAUCGCCACCACUGGCGAGAUUUUUGUAGCUGAUGGCUACUGCAACAACCAGAUCCUGAAAUUCAACGCUGCAGGGACUCUCCUACUCGCCAUUCCCUCGUACUCAGACACGCUAACCUUAAACUUGCCACACAGCAUCACGUUAUUGGAACAUCUAGAUGUCGUCUGUGUGGCUGACAGAGAGAACAUGCGAAUCGUUUGCCCAAAAGCGGGAUUGAAGAGUUAUGUGAAGUUGUUGGAGCCGGCGACUGUUAUCGAGGAUCCGACCCUGGGGCGAGUGUUCGCCGUGGCGUCUCAUGGUGAUACCAUCUAUGCAGUCAACGGGCCCACGGCGCAGAACAUCGCAGUUAGAGGUUUCACCGUCAACGCUGUCUAUGGAAAUAUCGUAGAUACAUGGGAACCUGCCACUGGUUUCACAAACCCACAUUCGCUGGCUGUAACCCGGAACGGGUCCCACCUCUACGUCACUGAAAUCGGCCCCAACAAGAUCUGGAAGUUUGAGCUCACCGACGUAUAUGACAAGAAGUAGAACGUCUCAUCAGUAGACCUACCAGUAGAACAAUUAUUCUCAGCUUUACUUAAAUUUAAAUUAAUAGUGAUGCUUCAACAUAGGAGUGCGAAUCUAAUUCGCUGUCGGUUUUUUUGGAAAGAGAACGUCUAACUCUGAUAUAUCCUAUCAGUGUUUCAAAAUGUAUCAGUAGAAAUUCGAGUUCAAAAGAUUAAUUUCUGCUAGUGUAUAGGUAGAUUGUAAAGAUAAAAAUACAUAUUAUAGAAAAUGUUUAAAGGUUCCUGACGAUUUAUCUUUUGUGACGAAGGAAUGGUUGGUAAAGGAUAUUGUCAUAAAACAAAGGUCCAAAAUAAUCACGCACAGAAUCUAAAAUUGGAUACUUACAUAGCUUAAACGCAAUCGAUAAAAUACGUAGUUUGACUAUGAUUUUUGCGCGCGCAUUUUCAUUGAAAGGCAACGAUACGUAGCGCGAAACAACUUCAGAUGAUAUAUUUUCAUACAGUAGUAGCUAGACAUCUGGUUGGGGUGGUAGCUAGUCAUAUUAAAGGGCUUUAAGGAUAAGCCACACUUGGAUAGGGUUUUGUUUGCACGGCCAGUACCCUAACAUAAGUACCUAACCUCUUUCCAUAACAGUACCUUAUAAGUCUGUAUACUUAUGUUAGUGUAGGAAGUGUUAGGCCCGUAUUAAUAAACCAAUCUCAAGUUCCGAGUGUCAACUCAAGAUUGAUCUCAA